AUGGACGAGGACAUCUCCAACUUCGUCGCCAUCACGGCCGCCAGUCCGGAGGCUGCCCGUGGCUACCUCGAGAUGGCGAACAACAACCUCGAGUCGGCCAUCCAGCUCUUUUUCGAGAGCCCCGACCUCGCGAGUAGCUUCACCGCCGCUCCUGCCGCCAGCGCGUCCACAGCACCACCCGUCCCCGCAGCUACCCGACCAAACAUCGGCCGCCAAGACGACCGCGGAAUUAUCCACAUAGACAGCGAUGACGACGGCGACACGGCCAUGACCGUCGACGACGAUGACGAUACGUUUGGCCAAGACGACUCCGAUAUCGCCGCCCAGGCCCAGGUCGAGGCUAUUGCACGGAACGCGCAGGAGGAGGAAGAUGCCGCCAUGGCCAAGAAAUUACAAGAGGAGCUCUAUGGUGGUGGCGCCGGCGGAGGAGGAGGCGGAGCUGCCCCCGACGAGGUCAGAUCGCCCAUCGCCAGAACUACGGAGACGCUGGUUGGAGGCUACGAUGCCGACGACGGCAUGGGUAUGGAUAUGGACUCCAUCAUCCGAGCACAGAUGCGCCAGAGAGAGGCGGCGAGAGCAGCACGAGGUGGUGGUCCCUUCAGUCAUAACUUGUCCAUCUGGGACGACGACACCCCGACGCCUCAGCCAGCCGCGACCGAAAGCGGUGCCCGCGCUCAGAGACUGGCGGAGCUCUUCCGCCCGCCCUACGAUAUCAUGUCCAGAUCGGACUGGGACGAGGCACGACAGGAGGGCAAGGACGAUAAGAAGUGGAUUUUGGUCAACCUGCAGGACAUGAGCGACUUCAACUGCCAGGCCCUGAACCGCGACAUCUGGAAAGACCCCGCCAUCAGGCAAUUGUUGGCAGAGAGCUUCAUCUUUCUCCAGUACGACAAGUCCUCCAUCUCCGCACAGCAGUACGUGACGUUCUACUUCCACCACGGUGGCCACGAGAACCCCGAUAACUACCCCCACGUCGCCAUUAUCGAUCCGAGAACAGGAGAGCAGGUCAAGGUCUGGAGCGGACGGCCGUUCCCCACCGCCACCGACUUCCACGCGCAGCUGGCCGAGUUCCUCGACCGCUACAGCUUGGCGGCGAACAGCAAGAACCCUGUCGCGGACCAGACGACGCAGCGGCCCAAGACGGUCGACGUGGACCGGAUGACGGAGGAGGAGAUGCUGGAGAUGGCGCUGCAGAACAGUCUCGAGACGUCCAACGGCGGCGGCAGCAGCAGCUCCAAGCCCAAGACGAGCGUGUUCGACCCCGACGCGCUCACCAAGUCGGAUUCAUCCAGCGAGAAGGGCAAGGCCCCUGCGGCGGACGAGGCGACGACCCCCACGGCGGAGGCACCUGCACAGAGCAUCUGGGCCAAAAUCGCAAGCGACAAGCCCCACACAGAGCCCGAGAACAACCCCGCCACGACGACGCGGAUACAGUUCCGCCACCCCACCGGACGUGUCAUCCGGCGGUUCAACCUGGACGACACGGUCAGACGCAUCUAUGAGUGGCUCAAGGCAGAGCCGCUGGAGGGCAAGGAGGGCGUUGAGUUCGAACUGAAGCGCAUGCCGCAGGGCCAGGACCUGACGGAGGAGUUGGACAAGACCAUCAUGGAGGCCGGCCUCAAGCAGGGAACCGUCAUGAUUGAGUUCAUCGAGGACUAG